CAGUUUCACAACCCCAGAGAGUCAAAGGCUUUGUUUGUGAGGCACUUUGAUCAUAAGCCAAAUAAAAGAAACCAAAAGCUGAACCAGAAAUGGAUUCUUCUUCCACUGAAGCAGCUAAAGUCCCUCUCAAGUUUGAGCUUAAGCCUCCUCCAUAUCCACUGAAUGCUUUGGAGCCGGUGAUGAGUGAGAGGACUCUAGAGUUUCACUGGGGGAAGCACCACAGGGCAUAUGUAGAUAACUUAAAUAAGCAAAUAUCAGGCACUGAUCUUGAAGGCAAGUCUCUGGAGGACGUCAUAGUUGUUUCAUACAAUGAGGGAGACACUCUUCCAACUUUCAACAAUGCCGCACAGGUGUGGAACCAUGACUUCUUCUGGGAGUGCAUGAAACCAGGUGGUGGUGGGAUCCCAUCUGGGGAUCUUUACCAUAUGAUUGACAGAGAUUUUGGUUCCUUCCAAAACUUUGCUGAUCAGUUUAAGAAAGCUGCUGCAACACAAUUUGGUUCUGGCUGGGCUUGGCUAAUCUAUGAGAACGAGAAAUUGAAAAUUGCUCAGAGUCCCAAUGCUGUGAACCCCCUUGUUUGGGGCUCCGUUCCACUCCUUACCAUUGAUGUUUGGGAGCAUGCCUACUAUCUGGACUAUCAGAACCGGCGACCGGAUUAUAUAUCGGUGUUCAUGGAUCAGCUGGUUUCAUGGGAAGCUGUCAGCUGCAAGCUUGAAAGAGCCAAGACAAGCAAUGCUGAGAAGUGAGAAAGAUGUAACAACUGUGAGCAAUAAAUUGUAAUCUGUAAUAUCUGUGUUGUGAUGGAGGUCAAAUCCUGGAGCUGCCGACAUUUCUCCGACCACCGGAGCUGAUAACCUUAAUGCUUUCGCGUGCUUGAGUUUGUGCUUCAUGUGUGCUUUAAUCAAACUGUUUGUCUUGUGCAAUACUUGGAAUCCUUUUGAUUGCUCCUUGUGUAACAAUACUAUCUCAUGAGAAUGAACUUAUUAGUGAUAACGCACAAGAGCUUAGAGCACUAUCUUUAAAUUAGAAGGUUAACUACUAAUAGUUUAGAGUUAUAAGUGAAAUUAAACCCAUGACCUUUCAUUUA